ACACAGUCUCCACUAGCUAGUUGUCGAGAAAUAUUGAACUCCUUCCUCUUUCCUUCUCUCUCUCUCUCUCUCUCUCUCUCUCUCUCUGCUUUUAACUUGGCAAAACCACCAAGAAAACCAAACAAAAAUGGCAUCCGAAGCUACUACAAACUCAUGCCCCAUCAAAACUGUGGUGGUGUUAGUCCAAGAAAACCGCUCAUUCGAUCACAUGUUGGGGUGGAUGAAGUCCCUCAACCCGGAAAUCGACGGUGUAACCGGAACCGAAUCGAACCCGAUAUCCACCUCGGGUCCCAACUCAGUCGGCCGGGUUUACUACGGUGACCGGUCCGCGCACAUCGAUCCGGACCCGGGUCAUUCUUUUGAAGCCAUUUUUGAGCAGGUGUAUGGCGUGCCAUGGUCCCCCUCAGUAGCAUCCCAAAACCUGAAACCCACAAUGGAAGGGUUUGCCCAACAAGCUGAAAGCGUAGAGAAAGGUAUGUCGGAGGUAGUGAUGAACGGGUUCAAACCGGAGAUGGUGCCGGUUUACAAGGAGUUGGUGUCGGAGUUUGCGGUUUGCGACCGCUGGUUUGCGUCCAUACCGACAUUGACGCAGCCGAACCGGCUGUACGUGCACUCCGCGACAUCGUAUGGAGCAACUGCUAACGAUAAUAAAAUGAUGGUGGAAGGCUAUCCCCAGAAGACAAUUUUCGAGUCGGUGGAGGAGGCUGGUCUCUCUUUUGGAAUUUACUACCAGUACCCCCCAUCUACACUUUUCUACAGGAACCUUAGAAAACUGAAAUAUAUAAACAACUUCCACCAGUUCGAUUUAGACUUCAGGCGGCAUUGCGAAGAAGGGAAGCUACCAAACUAUGUCGUAGUCGAGCAACGGUACUUUGAGACCAAAUUCUUGGCCGGAAAUGACGAUCACCCCUCGCACGAUGUAUCUGAAGGCCAGAAAUUCGUGAAACAUGUGUAUGAAGCAUUGAGAUCGAGUCCCCAGUGGAAUGAAAUCUUGUUUGUCGUCUUAUAUGAUGAGCAUGGUGGUUUCUACGACCAUGUCCCUACCCCGGACACCGGGGUCCCCAGUCCAGAUGGCAUCGUGGGCCCCCCGCCGUACAACUUUCGGUUUGAUCGGCUUGGGAUUCGGGUUCCAGCCAUCUUGAUUUCUCCAUGGAUCGAACGUGGAACAGUGUUGCAUGAGCCUUCAGGGCCAUAUUCCACGUCACAAUUCGAACACUCCUCAAUUCCAGCUACUGUGAAGAAGAUCUUCAAUCUCCCAGAGUUUUUGACGAAGCGAGACGCAUGGGCAGGCACAUUUGAAGUUGUUCUGAAUCGAAGUAGCCCAAGAACAGAUUGUCCAGUUACCUUGCCAGAGCCAGUGAAAAUGCGAGACAGCGGACCGAGGGAAGAGAACAAACUGAAUGACUUCCAGCAGGUGCUGGUAUUACUGGCAGCCAUACUGAAAGGUGACCACCAACAGCAACAACAACUAGUGGAUAACAUGACUGUGAUUGAGGCUGUGAAUUACGUUGAAGCUGCGUUCAGUAAAUUCUUAGAGGAAUGCGAGAAAGCAAAGAACAGAGGAGCCGACGGAUCCCAUAUUCCUUGUCUGGCAAGCCCGCAUCCAAAGAAAGAUGUGAAGUCCUUUGCUCAGAAGCUGUUCUCUUGUUUGGUAUGCGAUCAUUGACGCACUCUCUUUUCUAUUUUUUUCCUAUCGUUUUUCAUGUUGUUUUUAGUGUCCAAAUUAACAGGGAGGGACCGCGUAAUUUCGUUUGAUGGACAAUUUCAUCGGUUUCAUAGCGGGAAGUUUUUCCGUUGCGGAAUGUGCUUUCAUGA